AUGGGCAGUGAGAGUCGCCGGAAGGGGUUGGUUCCAGGGAAGAGCAGCGGCGGCUGGUGUGCGGACGGGAGUGGAAUUUUCAGUAGAAAGAUGGCAACUAACUGUGGAGCCUCUGAUCCAUGGCAAGAGUGUAUGGACGUGGCAGUUGCUGUUGCCCGAAAAGCUGGAGGAGUUAUUUGCGAAGCUUUGAAAAAUGAAAAAACUGUUCAGAUUAAAAGCUCCCCCGCAGACUUAGUGACUGAGACUGAUCAAAAUGUGGAGAAAAUGAUUCUGUGUACUUUAAAGGAAAAAUUUCCUUCUCACAGCUUUAUUGGUGAAGAGUCAGUUGCAGAUGGAGCAGCAAGUAUACUUACAGACAAUCCCACGUGGAUCAUUGAUCCCGUUGAUGGGACCACUAAUUUUGUCCACAGAUUUCCUUUUGUAGCGGUUUCUAUUGGAUUUUAUGUAAAUAAACAGAGUGAAAUUGGUGUUAUAUAUAGCUGUGUGGAGGAUAAGAUGUACACAGCUCGAAGAGGGCAAGGAGCAUUUUGCAAUGGGCACCAGAUGUGUGUUUCUAAACAGGAAAAUAUAAGCAAAGCUCUUAUUGUAACUGAGCUUGGAUCUAAUCGCACACCAGAGAUUGUGAAGACAGUACUUUCAAACAUGGAGAAACUAAUUUCUAUUCCAAGUCAUGGAAUUCGAGCUUUAGGAUCUGCAGCAAUAAACAUGUGCAUGGUGGCAUCUGGUGGUGCCGAUGCCUACUAUGAAAUGGGUAUUCACUGCUGGGAUAUGGCAGCAGCUGCACUCAUUGUCACAGAGGCUGGCGGUGUUGUGGUGGAUAUAUCAGGAGGCACGUUUGAUCUGAUGUCACGGAGAGUGAUUGCUGCAAGCAGCAAGGCAAUUGCAGAAAGGAUUGCACAGGAAAUUCAUAUAAUCCCUUAUCAGAGGGAUGAUCAGGAAUAAAGAUAAUGAAAUGUAUUUCUUAAACGUUUACUACAUGUAAUCCAAUUUAAAUAGAUUUUCACAUUGUCUGCACAUGUACUGAGAAUAUUUGAGCCCGGUAAGUGAAAAUGAUAAAUUAGUCAGGUUCAGUAUCUGACAUGAAUGUGCAUGUAGCACAGUUUCAUUGAAUGUUAUAAAUGUUAUCAAUAUACUACCAAAAAAAAAAUCCUGCUUCUGCUGAAGUUGAUGGAUUAGAGUAAUAUAAUUAAAAUUUGGACCUUUGCUAUCAUUUGUUGUAUGGGAUAUUUCCUUGUAAUUGAAUGGUAUACAAAAGCUUAUCUUCUUUAUAUUUAAUGAGUGGAAAUAAGUACAUAAGUGAAAUGCAAUUUAUACAUAUAUGUAGUAAUAAAAGGGGUUGAUAUAAGUUGAAUAUUGUUAUGCCAUGUACUUUUCAUGUGGAAAGACUUGGUAUUUUUAUUAGAUAUAUCCAGGUAUUUUUUUUAAUAGAUUUUUUAAAAAUUCUAUCCAUUCUUGCUUGCAGGACAUCUGUUAUCCUUGGUCAGUGAGCUUCAGAUCUAAUUCCUAAAUUAAUCUUUUUGUCUUUUUCAGCUUUACUUAAUUUUCCUCGUUGAACAAUUUUAAAAUGCUGUGCACCUUUGAGACUGUUUGGUCAUAUUAUUUAAAUUACAUGCUUAGAUGAGGAAACUGCUUUGCCGAGCACCUAUGCUGGUCUGCAAGAAUAAGCAGGAUCUCCCAGUGGCCACCCAUUUCAAUUCUAACUCUUCUGUUGCCUACAAGUGAACAGGUUAAUUAAGUAUUGUAAGAUCCUCAAGUUUUAAGAAUUAUUGGACUCUUUUUUGUGGGUAUUCAUAUGUUGUAAAUUAUGGAGAGUAGCACAACCUCAUGUUUACCAAGAAAGGCUAACAAAUGGUGCAACACAUAUAAUAUGCUGGAGAAACUCAGCAGGCCAGGCAGCAUCAAUGGAGAAGAAUAAACAGUCAGUGUUUCAGGCUGAGACCCUUCAUCAGGACUGGAGAAAAAAUGAGAAGUUAGAACAAGAAGGUGGACGGAGAGGAGAACUGACCAUGGACUGAUAUGUCAGGAUAUGAAUGGGAAGUAGAAUUAAAAUGGGUGGCCACCGGGAGAUCCCACUUUUUCUAGUAGAUGGAGCAUAGGUGCUGGGCAAAAUGGUCUCCUAAUCUACAGCGGGUCUCACCGAUAUACAGGUGGCUGCACUGGGAGCACCUGAUCCCAACAGACUCACAGAUGAAGUGUCGCCUCAUCUGCAAGGACUGUUUGGGCCCUGAAUGGUAAUGAGGGAGGAGGUGUAGGGACAGGUGUAUUUUGGUGCCAGCUAUUUAUUCUUAGAAGAUAUGGACUAGAAUUAAGAACAGAGCAACUAAAACUAAUUCAAAUCAAAUAAACAAUUCCCACUAAUGUAAUUGUUCCCACCUAUUGCACGGUUCAGUUUUGUCACUUAACCUUCUGGUUAAUUGUAUAUUCAUGGAGCCAUCCUUCACCACUGGUUUCAAAAGGGGUAUACUUUGGGUGUCUGAAAUUUGUAUUCAGAGUGGUUCUGCUAGUUGGGAUUUCCUACCAUUGUAAAUAUGUAUUGCUGUAAAUUUACCCAUGUUCAAAAUGUUAAAGUUAAGUGAUUAUAGCAAUUAAUUGUUUGUUAUCUUUGAUUUGAAGUAGAAAACAUCCUGCCAAGAAAGUGAGGUGCUCCUAGACACUCUCAACUGGAGGUUUGCUGUGUAAGUGAAGACUUUUAUAUUUCCCAGUUACAGAUUCUGUGUGGCUCAGUUUUAGUUGGGCACAUGUGAAUGCUUGUCUGGGACACACUCAUGACCCAUCAUGUGGCCUGACCUUAACAGUUUAAGGGAUUGAAUUUCUUUUUAAGAAUAGCAUCCCACACUUUGAUCUGUUCAGGUCAACAGCCACAGGAUCACAAAAUAUCAAAGAACAUGGCAGAUAGCUUAACUGGUAAAUAUGAAAGUGUGUGUGUGUUUGUCUAAGAGUGAGAUUUUCUUGGACUCUCUCCUGGAGGUUUACUGUGUGAAUAAAGGCUUUUAUAUUCCCAGUCACAACUUCUGUAUGGCUCAGCUUUAGUCAGCCACAACGGGAGAAACAUCUGAAGGCGGCUCAGUUUACUUCCACAGAUCAUGGUUUUCU